CUCGCCUGAGAGCACUGACAACAGAAGAAGCGAGAUAAGAGCGUGAUAAACCCCCCGACCGGUCCUUAGACCCCGCGCACCGACUACCGGCUACUACCGCAUACCAUGGAUUCUACUCAAGAAAUCAGCGACUGGGAAGAUCUACAUAGCCUAUUCCACCUCAAAGCAGACACGAUGCUAUUAUAUACAAACGAAGUCCGAAGGAUCUGCUCCGAAGCCCUAACCGCGUCAAAUAUCCGCCAUCCCCCGAUCACGUCACGAAUCAAGUCCUGGGAAUCCGCGAAAGGGAGCAUUGGCCGAAGAAACCGGGAACGAGCUUUACGAGGGCGCUUACGGGAGGCCGUGGAGGCACAGGAUCGAAAAUGGGAGGAUUAUGCUCGUGAAUCAGGGCUCAGUCUGUGCAAUGAAGAAACAGAGCCCCUCAAAUCCCCGGAAGAGAUGCUGAGGGCUUUGCCUGACUUUGGGGGUAUUCGAAUAUCACUCUACUUUCCAGGGGACCUUAAGCGCGUUACUGCUAUUCUUGAGGAGAGAUUCAACGUCAUGCGACGCAUUGAAAAGGGCCAGGGGGCUCCAGAUAAUGUUCAGAGCUUGGAAGAACGACUUGAAUUGCUCCAGGACCCUGAUAGAAACAGGAAUGGUGCGACCGAUACAAACCAGAUUCAACGAUACAUGCGGACUUUCACCGGGUAUAAAGCAACCCAUUUCGUCGUGAAACUGCACUAUAAAGAUAUUCAAGAAAGCAGAAGGUACUCAUGGAAGGAUGCUGUCGUUGAAAUUCAGAUAGGGACGCUGGUUAUGCACGUAUGGUCGGAGAUUGAGCACGACAUGAUUUACAAACCACUUGACUCUCAGGGUGCUAAAGUGUCCGAAGAUGAGGAACGAAUAUUAGAUCUGAUUAACGGACUUGUUCUGACGGGAGAGGCUGCACUACAGCAGCUUGAGGCCAGCACGGCUAAACGUUUGAAUAAACGUGCAGAAGACCAAAAGCUCAUGGCGAGCAGUCACUAUGAGCUUGCCACUUGGAUCGAGAAAGACUGUGAAGAGCGCGGAAUUCUCCUCGAAGGCGCGAAAUGGAGAAAUCUAGAGCAGCUGUUCAACAUUCUAAAGACGACAGAAAGUCACAGGCAUUCAGAGGUGACAAAGCUGAUUGAAGAUGCAACCCAGCAGACUUCCAGUCGCAAUUCUCUACCGGCUGAAAUACUUUGGUCAUUGUGCAAAAACGCUGUAUAUUCUGAGUGGGAGCCUUCCAAUAAUCUCUCUGUCGAUGGCUUGAUUGAAAACGCCAAAGUCUGGGCGCUACGUCUGGUGCAUAGUGUGAAUUUUGCCAUGUAUCUUGGGGUUGUCAAAGAUCUCCUCGAUGUGCAUCCCUUGCCAAACCUUCCCUCUAUGGUAUCCUUUCUCGAUCUUGUCCACCCUGAUAGCCCCAAGGGAUUUGAUCCAAACACUGCUGAGACCAUUGCAAAAUGCUGCAGAGCGAUUGUAGACCCUGAAACCCGGCCGGGAGUCACAUCGAAUACGCUGGUCAGAGUGGCAAUGAGCUUACCGGUAACAAAGCUAGUGGGAAUGUUCACAGAGUCAAGCGUUUCCCUUGGAACCCCAAUCCCGGCCAGCAUCACUUUACUCCUUCCCGUUAAGGACAAGACCGAUCCGGGAAUGAACUUCCAAGAUGCGGACGAGCCGUAUCGUGCAAUAGAGCUUAUUGACUUCUACCUGGACAGCAGUCAAGAUCAAAUCUUGAUAUGGGAUCGUCUUACAAGACAAUUGCCCAAUUCACAGACCAGAAAACCGAUCGAGAAUCGCUUUUUCUUCCCCACGACCUUUUUACGCGAUAGUUGGGGUUGGAAGUUAGUUGAUGUAAGCGCGCCGCUGAGCCUAGCGAAGAUGGAUCCAAAAGAUCUUGGUGCAAGUGCCAACUGCUCAGAGAGACCGUCCUAUUCAGUUGCGCCGCCGUGUUUGAUAACAUACCGACACUCGUUUCCGGAGGAACAGGAGGAUGGUGUGCUUGAUCUUGCAUAUCGCUUCUAUCCAAAGGAACAAUGGGAUGCUGUGCGCAAGGCCUGGGGGAUGGUCAAAGCCCUUAGACCAAAAUACUUGGUCCAGGGCCGAAAAUCGGAAUACUCCAUCUACCGCUCUGAAGGCAUCUCUCACUCUGAAGGUUCAAUGAACUUCUUAUCGAGAGGAAGUUUCAUUGAUGACGGCUGCCUGAUUGGAAUAACACCUAACGUUGCAGAAGAUCCUUCAGAACUCCCCUUCCUGUACGAUGAACUCUUUGGAUGUAUGAAAUAA